UAACGGUUCGUCCGCCUGAGAAAGGAUGUGAGAAGAGGAGGAGGCUUGCGGUUUCUGUAGCAAGCAUGCGGCUUUGUUAGAUUCUGUGGAUUUUGGACACCGGCUUUACAUGCAAUGUAUUUGUGCUAAAUGGAAUUUGUUUUUCCCUUUUGUGUUUUCUACCGGAUACAUUUUUAUAGCUUGGAAUCGAGUGUUUUCCUGUGCGGCUCCAUUCAUUGGUAAACUAGCGGUUGCAUCAGUCGACUGUCAAUCAAGUCGAGGCUCUCUGCACCUGGUAUUAAUUUAAAUUUGCCGGUGAAUUUUCGUGAACAUUGAGUUUUGGAGCAAUCCUUUUCUUUUAGCCUUUGGUAUUUCAAUAACCGAGAGUGUAUUGUGCAGCCUAUUGACAAGGUAAGAUUGUAGCCGUAACUCAGGCUACUGUACCCCUAGUUAUAUUAACAGCGGACUGUAUCCCCGGAAAAUGUCAACAUUGUAUCUUGACGGCGCAAGGAGGAACUAGCCUACAAGUACACGGCCCUCUCGAUUACUGUAUCACUGAUUGCCAAAGCGUUGUUUGACAGCUGUCUUUGGGAACGCGUUGGCUUCUCCGAGCAAGCCCUGUUGUCCAUCUGCUAUUGUUUUCUACUGCGGAUAAAUCAAAACAUUAACAGAUCGAACAUGUCGCUCAGCAGAAGUAUUGAAUGGGAACACUUUGAGGAACGGGACAAAACGCACCGUUCAUCAAGGGCUAACGGCUCGGGAUCCCAGUCAGGCUCCAGAGGCAACGGUCUCGUGCCCAGCCCGGCGCACAGCGCGCACUGUAGCUUUUACCGAACGCGCACACUCCAGUCGCUCACCUCCGAGAAGAAAGCCAAAAAAGUGCGGUUCUACCGAAAUGGGGACAAAUACUUCAAGGGUUUGGUAUAUGCCGUGUCCAACGACCGUUUUAGGUCCUUGGACGCCCUGCUUAUGGAGCUUACCCGGUCUCUCUCGGACAACGUCAACCUGCCUCAAGGUGUCCGGAGCAUCUACACCGUGGACGGCAGCAAGAAGAUUAGCAGCCUGGACGAGUUAGUGGAGGGUGAGAGCUACGUGUGUGCCUCCAACGAGCCCUACCGCCGAGUGGACUAUACCAAGAACGUUAACCCUAACUGGUCAGUGGGCAUCAAGGCCGGCCAGUCCCGCUCCCUGUCCUCCCUCAGCACCCUGGUAAAGGGCGAGCUGCAGCGUAGUGAGGCCAGCCUGGGCACCAGAGACUUCAUCAAGCCCAAGCUGGUGACGGUCAUCCGCAGCGGGGUCAAACCCAGGAAGGCUGUGAGGAUCCUGCUGAAUAAGAAGACGGCCCACUCCUUCGAACAGGUGCUGACCGACAUCACGGACGCCAUCAAGCUGGACUCCGGGGCGGUCAAACGGCUCUACACACUGGAGGGAAAACAGAUCACCUGUCUCCAGGACUUCUUCGGGGAGGACGACGUGUUCAUCGCGUGCGGCCCAGAGAAGUACCGCUACGCCCAGGAUGACUUCCUGUUGGAUCACAGUGGUAAGGCUUCUGAAUGCCGGGUGCUCAAGUCCUCAUACUCUGCUCGCUCGCCCACUCCAACGAGGGCUGCUGGGAGCAAGAGCCCUGGACUCUCACGCCGUAUCAAGUCCCCGGGCAUAGUAAGAAGACCAAUCCAUUACUCCACCAGUAGCCAGUCUCCUGUUAAAUCCCCAGUCAAUGGUGUCCCCAGCAGUACGAUCUCCACCCCCAAGUCCACCAAAUCCAAUAGCUCCUCCCCCACCAGCCCCCGCAGUAUACACAGCUUCAAGAUUCCGCCACAUCACACAUCUGCCACCAAUGUUAACGGGUCUUCACACAGUCUGGAGCUGGCCUAUAACAUGAGUCCUGAGGUUAACGGCAACAGCUGUAGCUCUAUCACAACCGUCCUGGAUAAGUACAAGGUCGGCAAGGUCAUAGGCGACGGAAACUUUGCCGUGGUGAAAGACUGUGUAGAACGGUCCACUGGGAAGGAGUAUGCACUGAAGAUCAUUGACAAGGCCAAGUGCAGUGGAAAGGAGCACCUGAUAGAGAAUGAAGUGGCUGUGCUGAGGAGAGUCAAACACCCCAACAUUAUCCAGCUGAUAGACGAGGUGGACACACCCACUGAACUCUACCUGGUCAUGGAGCUAGUCAAGGGUGGCGACCUGUUUGAUGCCAUCACGUCCUCCACUAAGUACACAGAGAGAGAUGCCAGUGUCAUGGUGUUUAACCUGGCUGGAGCCCUGAAGUACCUCCACAACAUGAACAUAGUACACAGAGACAUCAAGCCUGAGAACCUGCUGGUGUGUGAGUACCUUGACGGCACUAAGUCUCUGAAGCUGGGGGACUUUGGUCUGGCCACUGUGGUUGAGGGGCCCCUGCACACCGUGUGUGGAACCCCCACCUACGUGGCCCCUGAGAUCAUCGCUGAGGCUGGUUAUGGUCUGAAGGUGGAUAUCUGGGCAACUGGGGUCAUCACUUACAUCCUGCUGUGUGGCUUUCCUCCCUUCCGCAGUGAGGACAACCUUCAAGAGGACCUGUUUGACCAGAUCCUGGUGGGACGACUGGACUUCCCUGCUCCCUACUGGGACAGCGUCACGGACUCAGCCAAGGAGCUGAUUGGGCGGAUGCUGCAGGUGAACGUGGAGGCUCGCUACACAGCACAGGACAUCCUCUCUCAUCCCUGGGUCACGGAUGACAACAUGGAGAACAACAUGAAGAUGGAGGUGUCAGGUAAACUGAGAACACACUUCAACACAGUACCAAAGCCCAGCACAACCACAGCAGGAGUGUCAGUCAUCAUGAACACAGCUCUAGAUAAGAAGAGGAUCCAGCUGACUCGUCGCAGCCAGAGGCCCACAGCACCACCUCCGCCCCCACCACUGCCUGGGAAGAAAGUAGUCCCUCCUGCAGCCAUGCCAGUCAAGCAAGCCUCACCAGUCUCACCCAACUCCAAGCUGCCAGUACCCACCAAGCUGGCAUCACCCACCAAGCCUGCCCUGCCAGAGGAGGAACCCAAGAGUCCUCAGACUGAUGUGCCUGUAUCCCCUCCCAUCUCUCCUUCAACACCUACCAGACCUGUUACCUCUCCCUCUGUCCCUGUCUCUCCUUCCUCUCCUACCAUGCCUAACAUCUCUAUCUAUCCUACCUCCCCUACCAGGCCCAACAACUCUCCCUCUCCUUCCUCUCCUGACAAACCUGUUAUCUCUCCCUCUCCUUCCUCUCCUGACAAACCUGUUAUCUCUCCCUCUCCUUCCUCUCCUGACAAACCUGUUAUCUCUCCCUCUCCUUCCUCUCCUGACAAACCUGUUAUCUCUCCCUCUCCUUCCUCUCCUGACAAACCUGUUAUCUCUCCCUCUCCUUCCUCUCCUGACAAACCUGUUAUCUCUCCCUCUCCUUCCUCACCUACCAAACCUGUCAUCUCCCCUUCUCCUUCCUCUCCCUCUUCACCUACCAAACUUCAAAUGUCCCCUUCUCUUUCCUCUCCAACAAAGCUCCAUGCCUGUGCCUUCCCUCCUGCCUCAUAUAAGCCUAUUACUUGCCCCUCCAACUCAUCACCUUCCAAAUGCAAAGCCUCCCCCUCUCCUCCUGCCCCUCUCUCUCCCUCCUCUCCUCCCUCUCUUUUUACCUGCCCCUCUCCCUCCGACCCUCUGUCUCCCUCUGCCUUUCCCAUCCCUCCCUCACGCCUGACCUGCUCCUCUCCCUCCUCUCCCACCCCUCCAUCACCCCUGGUGGGCCUUGACGUUGAAGCUGCUGCUACUGCCAGAGAGCUGUGAGAAAGAAUGAUGGAUGAGAAGACUGGCUGCUGGACCAUGGUCUAAUUUGUACCUUUCCAGCCCCCUUACCUCCACGCGCCGUAUCCCCAGAUCUAUGAUUCGCAUGUAGGGGGCUAGAUACAGAUAGAACCUCCAUCCCCAGUAACAGUAUAACAGCUGAUAUCCACUGCUGUAUCGUUCCUAGGCUCCCAAGCAGCAAAUGGUAAAAAAAAAAAACAAGCAAAAUGGCUCCUACAACCUACAGUACAAUCUCUGUAGAGAACCCAUCAUAUCCACGCUCCAAGAGGGAAGUUGAGGUGUUUUGUAUAUUUUGGUUGAUUUCUAUAUACGGUAUGUGUGUAUUUAUAUAUGGAGAAAAUAGAGCGAGGCCUGGCUAGUUAGUGUGUGUGGUUUCAGAUGGGGUUUUCUGGAAUGACUUCUGAUCAUGUUUUAUUUAUUGUCUGUGGUUGGUAGACACACACAUGUUGAUUAUGGGUAGAAGUGUAUUAUUUGGUGUGCUUGAUGUCUGUUGUAAGAUAAACUGCUACUGUAGAUGUGUAUAGUAUUGUAUGACAGACACGAGGCACCAGAAUGAAAGUUUAAGGUUUGAGUUUGUUUUCUUCUCUUGUCUGUAAAGCCUGUUUAUCAUUGGUCCGCUAUGGAGCCUGUAGUGUUUAACUGCUGAACACCAAAAGAGAGACGCAACAGAGUAGAAGAUGAACGUGUCAAUGAGGAGAGCUGUGCCUGUCAAAAUAGCUGCCAGAUCAGGGGUGUGUUCAGGGCGGCAGGUAGCCUAGCGUUUAAGAGCGUUUGGCCAGUAACCGAAAGGUCACUGGUUCAAGUCCCCCAGCCAACUAGGUGACAAAUCUGCCAAUGUGCUCUUGAGCAAGUCACUUAACCCUAAUUGCUCCUGUAAGUCGCUCUGGAUAAGAGCAUCUGCUAGAUGACUAAAAUGUAAAUGUUCAUCCGGAAGAAAACAGACAAACAAGGAAGGGACUUCCUGGACAUGUCCUGUAAGAAACGCUCAUUUUCGCCCUCCGUUGCAAAACGUUUUUCAUUGUGUGCCCUAAUGAACCUGACCCAGUAGUUAGAUUCAUUUUCUGAAACCAGCUGACAGGAAACACUGGGAGCUCUAUCCCCUCAUAUACUCAUUUAUCAGUCCAGAUUUACCGGAUAAUAAUGUGAGGCUGUUCCACUUUGCUGUUGUCUUUGUCUGUAAUGGUAAUGCACUUGUUUUAAAGUCCAUGUUUAAGUCCCAAAUCGCACCCUAUUCCCUAUAUAGUGCACUUCUUUUGAACAGGGCCCAUAGGGUAUUGGUCAAAAGUAGUGCACUAUGUAGGGGUAUAGGGUACCAUUUGGGAUGUAUCUCCUUACCUAGCCUACUGCAGUUGGUUAGGGUUUAACCCUUCAGAUAUUGAUAAUGGCUCCGAUGCACAUCACUACUACGCCAAGGGGCUUUAGUUGCAUGCCAUGUUCCUCCCUCUGCCUCCCCACAAAACAGGUCUCUCUGUCACACACACACACACACACACACACACACACACACGCACGUCAAGCUGGUACUAUUGUACGUAUAGUAGCUGUUCUGUAAUGUUUAGUCAAACUACACUGUCAUCAUCAUAAUGCUUUUUUUAUUGCAGUUUUAGUCUGGAUACGUGUAUGGAAAAACACUGUCAGCUUUGGCCAGCACUUUUAGUUUGUACAGACAUUUAGCCACUGUGACUCCUUUAUCAUUAUGUAUUAGGAGCACAUUGGAAAACUUCAAACGCAAUAAAAAGUAUUCAAAUCAG